CCUGAGUUUAUCUUUCAAUUGGAGCAAAACUGACAGGGCAGCUGUGCACUUGUGGCUGGAAAGUUUCAGAGGACACUUGCUGAGUGCCGCUGCAGCAGUCAUGUCUGCUGGCUUCAUGAUUUCAAGAAUAUUGACGCUUUGCCUAAUACAGGAAGUGACUCAUGCCUCUGCUGUCCCAGGAGCCAAUACUGGGUACAAAGUACGGCAAGAUGGAGGACAGAAACAGGACGUACUGGGUUACCACCACCCUCUGCAUUAUGUUCGCUCUCUGAGACAGCCGAAGAAUAAUCUGAUCAACAUGAGACAAACGCCUCAAAGGAGUGGCGUAAGGGAUUCGACCCCUGGCCAGACGUUUAGGCAAACUCCACGUCAUCUUUGGCCACAGAACCUUCCAGUCCAACCUGCACCACCUAGAAACUACACUUUGGUUCAACCCCGAGGCUUCAGGGUCAGCUUGGAUCUCCCUUUUUAUAAACUCGAUGAAAUGAAAGAAACCGACUCUCCCACCAAAGUCUUUCUGCAGAAUGACCCCAGACUCCAAACUCACCCAAACGUUCAACGUGGCCUCAGCGUUUCUGAGUUUCUAAGCCCUGAGAGAGAUUCCAAAAAGGAUCCAAAACUUGGCAGGAGCAUCCAUGGUGUUCCCACUUCAAACUUCUGGGUCAACCUUACCAUCCCCCUUUCCGCUGCAUCUUUAAAGCCAAUAAAAGCCAUUGGCAAGCUCGUUGAAAACCAAAACCCAGGAAAUAUCUUUCAGACCAGUUAUGGCGAUCUAGGGAAAAGGUUGAGUUCCAUAUAUACUGAACUGAAAUCCCCCACCAUCAGCCAGAAAGCACUUGAACAAACCAGAAAGCAACUGGGUUCAACAUGGUCUCGCUAUCCUGCUACUGGACCCAAGCAAACUCUACAGCAGCCAGAUGAGUCAACUUACACCCAACCUACUGAGGGCAAACUGACCUCUUCAACAUGGCAAUUAAUCCAGCACAAAAUUUCCCCACAAAGAAACCAUGAUAAUCCCACAGCCAGGCAGAGUUUGGCACCUGAAAAACCAAAUUCAUCCAGACCGCCGUCUUUGUCUUUUGUUAAGUAUCUUGAACGUUUGGGUCUCAAUAAAGCCCAAAAAAGCCCCGUGAGAGAAGACCUUGUUCAGCCUCAUUCAAAACAAAAGCUAAAUUUGUCUCCUCUGCAAGAUAACAAAGGAUCUCAAGACGACAAAUAUGUUGGUGCUGGUUCUCAAAGUGUUGGUCUGACCCAAAACAGUUACACCACUUCUGGUGCUGCUAAUGUCAAAGAUUUCACAAGUGAUCCAAAAGGUGCAAAGGAACAAGAUUCUGCUGUUCCCAGCCUACAACUAGGAUUUUCCUUCCCUGUUAAAACUUUGUCAAAUCUCCCUGAAGGUGGUGGGUACUUGACUAUCAAACCUCAAAAUGUUGAGUCUCUUUUGACUCGUUACACGGAGGCAAAAAAGCUUCAAUCACCUGAGAGUGAAUUUAAAAAGUCAGUUUUCGGCUUUGAUGCUGGGCCCCACAGAACGACUGGGCUUCCCGAAAGGAAGUGGCCGAUCCUAAAGAUUGAACUAAAACCAAAACAGAAAAAAACACCACCUUAUGAGCCUGUCACUGGCAAACCUACAGGCAGCAAGCCAAGCUUUUCAUCCUGGUUUCCAAGAGAUUCAGAGAUUGGAAAGCCUCGGUUUCCAGGCCUGGCAAUUUCGAAAUACCUCGCUGACAUUACACGACCCUUAAAUGGCAAAUACCAAACCAUCCAGCCAAAACCACAGCAAUUUGAAAGGCUUCAGCGUUUCUACAGUUCUCUCAAGCCCGUCGUUAACAGCUAUGUGGAAAGUCAUCCUAGACCGUCAGCCAGCCUUUCUGCUUCUAAGCAUGACAAUCCCUUUGAACCACACAGCAAUCUCCAAAAGAAAGCUGAGAUUGAUUCAAGUCCACAUCACCACCCGCUCGCUUAUGGCAGUUCAUCCUUUAAUUCUCCCAUGCUGGAAGUUAUUCCUGCAAAAAGGCCACAAACAUGGCAGACACCAAUUUCUUAUGCUUCUGAAGAUGUAGCUGCUCUGCACCGUCUGCCAAGUGGAUAUCAAGUGCAAAAGAAACUUCCUGAGCAAGACGAAGUGGGAAAAGAUUACUAUGUGAAACCCUUUGACCCUAAUGAAGGAGGUUUGGUCUCUGGGCAGACGAACCCGACCAGGAACGCUGCAGGAACAUCCUUCAAUGUACGACCCCCAUGUGAAUCUUCAUUCUCUUGGCUUGGCCAAGACGGGUCUUUUUCAGGCCUUCGCUACCCUGACCAAAAUGCAGAAUCUCAGCCUUGCAGUCAAGAACCUUGCAUCGACGGUGUUGGUAGAUGCGUUAAUGAACCUUAUAAAGGGAACACAAAUUUUCCACAAAGGGUUAGUUACUUGCCAAAGGCAGAGACAACUUCUAUUUCUAUUCCUUUCAGUACUUUUGAGCGCAUUUUUACUCGAUCAGGCUACCAGCCUGCUCAAAAUGGCUUUAGGCUUCAGCAAUACCCUGUUGGAUGAGAACAGGCUUGAAGGUGCAUGCGAGUCAUAACAAUACACUGCCAUUGGUGCUGUCAGGUCAUGAACAUGUUGAAGUUUGGCUUAAAUUGUGCAGUCUGUUCACGCCUUUUUCCUUCUGCUCAUUUAAAUAUUUAAUAAAAUGUGUUCUUCAAAAUGUGAACCGUUCCAGGUAUUAUCACUAAUCAGCUCCCACCAGCAACGUGGUCAUUGUUUGAAAGUCUGCUGAAUUGUAAUCUUGCAUGUUUUCACUAAUUUCUCAUCACAUGCUGAUGUGACCCUGGUUCAACAGGGAGUUUUUGCACAGCCCUGUCAACCUAAAGCAGUUGCACUUCAGGGCUCUGGUUUAGUAAAAUGCAUGUUUGAAACCCAAGACUUUUGCUGGCUUAAAAAUAAACCAGAGACUCUCCAAAGAAUGAUGCAGGCAAUGCAGGCUAACCGGAAGUGCAAGGAACAGGGUCUAAAAUUCCCCUUUCUCAAAUAAAAUUUGUUUUUG